AGCGCCCCCUGUGGAUGAAGAGCGGCACUACAUCAGCUUGAGAUGCAGCAGCUUUGACGGGGAUCCGCUUAUGAGUCGCGAGGCCUGCGUUAUCAUCGAUUGAUGAGAAUCAGAGGGACUACAGAUGUAGCCGAAGGAGAAUUGCGUUGCCCCCGCUGGUCCUCAUACCCCGCAUUGCAUGGCUUCUCCUGCUGGUGUCUCACAUUGUGUCUUCAUAGCCCCAGUCUUGCACACCCUCAUGUUGGGGUCGCAGGCAUCUCACAGACUGACCAAUGACUGCCUGGAUUGUUCUGCCUGUCAGCCUGUCUGCCUUCUCCAUCACGGGGAUAUGGAUCGUAUAUGCCAUGGCAGUAAUGAACCACCAUGUCUGUCCUGUUGAGAACUGGUCAUACAACUUGACAUGUACAGAGGAAACGGCUAAGAGGGGCUUCCCAAUGACCUGCUGCACGCUUCAAGACAUCCCCCUCAUCAGUAAAUGUGGUUGCUAUCCACCAGAGAGCUGUCUCUUCAGUUUGAUAGGCAAUGUUGGGGCCUUUAUGGUGGUUAUGGUGUGCAUGCUGCGUUACGCUCAAGUGAUUGAACACAGUCAUUACUGUUGGACCAACACGAGCGCUUUGGUGUCCGGCUGCAUUAACGCCCUGGGUCUGGUCAUGGUGGGCAACUUUCAGGUCGAUCACGCUAAAACGCUUCAUUAUGUGGGCGCUGGUGUUGCGUUCCCUGCCGGCUUGCUCUUUGUGUGUCUGCAGUGUGUUUUGACGUACCGUAUAGCGGAGACAGCGCUGGACUACUGGAUGGCUCAUGUGCGUGUAGUUCUCUCAGCUGGAGCUCUGGUCUCACUUGUCCUCAGUGGUAUCUUCUUCAUCCACGAGAGCUUUAUGUUGCAGCACGCUGCAGCCAUCUGUGAAUGGGUCUUCACAGUGCUGGUUCUGGUAUACUACGGCACGUUCACCUAUGAGUUUGGCACUGUCAACACUGACACCAUGAUGGCAGCCUUAAUGAAGCGCAAUCAACAUCACCAUCCAGGCUCAGGGGUCAUCGUUGGGGGCAUCAACAAAGGUGUUGCUAUGGGAUGUGGUGCCCGCAGCUUUAAGUCUCCCGGGGGUAGCAGCACCUCCACACAUUUCAACUGUACACCAGAGAGCAUCGCCAUGUUUUAAGGGUUAAUCGAUACAGUAUUCUCUCAGACCUCAAUGUAUAGUCUUUUCACAUUCACAUCACAGAUUUGUGGAGAACUGGUACAAGCAGUACAGAAUUACUUACUUGCAAGGUUACAGCAAUUUUUUGAUUAUAAUCUAAUAGUAAUGGCCAGUUGGUCAUAACUAAGGUAUUUUGUAUGAUAUUUUACAUUCAUGUUUAAGACAACUUUCUGCAGUCCUAGUUACCAGGGCAAACGAAUCCUUCAAAUGAUUCAUGGGGCCUCUGAUAAAAAUGUAUUCAUUUACUGUGUUAAAACUGCAAUAACGCCUCUCUAAAGGUGUGUUCACACUGACAGCGAUUAAAGGAAUAGAAAGGACUGAAGUAAUAGAAAAGUUCACACCAGAACUUUGCAACCUAGUCUAAUAGAAUAAAUGUGACUAUAACUACAUUUUUGCAAACUGACUUUUACAUGCCGAGUUCUACGUUUCGUCGCAGUUUCCUGGUGAAAUUAACACUGGAAGCACAACAACUGUGUGUUUUAUUCAAUUUCACACAAAUAACAGGUAGUAUGGCUGUUUAUGACUUUAUUAACACUUAUUUUUCCACUAUUACUCACACCCUGCAAUGUUAUAAUAUCAAAACACUUUUACUCUUAACGAAUCAUUUGAAAAACGAUACAUUUUAACACUUGUAUUACAGACCCACCUACAUUUGCACACUUAUUCCAAUGGGAUUAGCUUGCACGGUAGCUCACCUGAUAAGAGUGUUGGACUUUGGACUUGGAGACUGAGCCUCAAACCCAGUCAAGGUUACUCUAAGUGAAAGUGAAGCAAAGUGCCAUAGAAGUGACAAGAUAUAACAUGGUUGCUUCAGAAAAUGUGCUUUUCAUGUCGAAUUUGCUUUUAAAUCACUAUUGUUUAGGUGUUGGUUUAGGGUAAUGAUGUCUGUUUUGUUUACCUCUCAUUUACCUUUUUUAUAACACUGUAGGUUAGGUUUAGGUUAGGUUACAUUUUUAGGUUAGGGAAGUGCGUUUUACUCUAAACAUAUUCACCUUAAAAACCUCUUCUGAUUACAACAUCAUUUCACUCACUUUUGGCGCCCCCCGCUGGACAUUUCACUGGGAAACUGCAGCCAAACGUGUCAUGAAGCACGUAAUUUUGGUUUGCAAACAUUUUGCCAGUGUCCCGUAAAUUUCAUGAGAUCGGGCUGGAACCACUGUGAGCCACUGUAAACGAGCUUCUCUCAUGCGCAACGGACGUCUAGAUUUUAGUUGAAAUAUGACUUAAAUUGUGCGCUGUUUCUCACCAAAUCCUUUCCAAAAAUUUUAAAGUGAGUCCCUAUUAACUGUCAUUGUAUUAAAAAGACAUACCGAAUAUUCAUUUAAACAUUCCUUUUGUGUUGCACAUAAGAAAGCAAGUAAUUUGGAACAAAAUGUUUAGUAAAUUAUGACUGAAUUUUCAUUAUUCCUUUAACUUUAUCACACUGCCAGUGGUUGGUCAUGUCACCUGAAAUCACCAACUUUUUAUGAAAUUGAGUGACCUAUGGUCGCAUUGUGUCAGCAAAUCGCCAUCAGUGUGAACACCUCUUAAAUCUGUUACAGAUCUGCCAGCAAUACCAAGACACUUGCCAAGACAAAGAAGAUAAAUGGCUAAACUUAUCCACCUUCAUCCACUCAUCUAAUCUGUAGGAACUGUGAUAACUUCACAAGUUAAGUUGGUAUAAGCCCUUACUGUAGCAAUGGAGAUGCUCCAGCCAUUGAUACAAAUAGUUUGGGUUUUCGGUGAAGUUCUUCAAGUCAAGUAACCAAUGUUUUUCUCAUACCUGAGAUGCAUUGAUAUUUAUGCAUUCAUUCCGUCAUUCCAAGUGUUGUUAUAGCCUAGUUUGAUCUUUGGCACUUUAUUGACAUGACAUCAGGUGCUGUGGACUCCCUGUCUUAUAGUGCCUGAUACAACGUGGUUGCAACUAUUCAGGGUCCAGCUACAUGAAAUAAGAUUUACUUACUUUUUAGUCAUGGUAAACCUGUCGUACUGUGUGGUGUCAGCCAGUAGCUACACAUUCUGCUUGAUCCAUCCCAGGUAUCGUGAAAACAAGGUCUUAAUAUUUUUAAUACCACAGGCAAACUAUAUUAUUUUGUUUAAAUUAUUUUUGUUUUUAUGGCGAAAUUAAUCCAACUUUUAUCAAGUGGUUCAUCUUUUCUAGAUGCCUGUCAAAAAAAACUAUGCUUUGAGUCAUUGAUAAUGAAAAUAAGCCUAUUUUUUUUUCAAUCUUCAGUUCCUGUUACCACUUAUUUACCCAGUCAGAUAUCUUAUCUGCAGUUCCCUUGUAUACAGAAUUGUAUUAUUUUAAAAACAUUAGCAUAAAUGAUAAAGAGCAAUUGUUGUGAAGAGCUGCUUUUAAGUGAAUGCCUUUAGCUGAGGAUUAUGUUGCAUAAAACAAGAGUAUGCUGCGAUGAGACAACAUUCUAGUCAAUUAUUAUGAAAUGAAGGCUGCUCCACUUUUAACACCUCUUUUACUAGAUAUGUCAUUUUGUUAUAUAUAGAAUACUCUGUAAAAAAAAAUCUCAUAUGUUGGGCACUAAAGUGGGAAAACCUGAAUAUUUUUAGCAUUCGGCGGACCCAAAAUGUGAAAUCCUCCAUAAUAAGGUGUAUUUUGAUGACACACCGUAUUUUAGUUAUAAGAUCUUGCUCAUUUUUAAGCAAUUUGUGUUAUUAAUAUGGGUUAUGGUUAUAUUUUAAUCUAUUUGUUUAUGAUUUCUUUGUAAUGCCAGACAAUGAAACAAUGCAAAAUUUAACUUUGUGAAAGAACUUGCAGACAAGUAUACCUCUAUGAAAACCCUGCUGUGGUGAGAAGGAAAGUUCCUAAAGGAGCUGCUAAGAUAUAUUAUGGAGUUUAAACUGGAUCUUUGUUGUUUCUGUUUUGUGUGAAAGGCCAAGUUCAAACAUCCCUAGAACUGUGAAAUACUGUUACAUAAAGCGCAGUCAAGUUAUUAUAUAUAUAGGGAUCAAAUUUUAAACAUAUGAGACUGUCAGUGCAGCUGUUUGAAUAAGGUACUAAUCACAUUUUAUACUAAUUACUUCAAUAAACAUUUUCCAACAAAUAAUUUAGUAUCAGUCACAAACUGUGUAAAGACUUUCCAAAAACAGAAUGUUUAGAUGGCAGAUUUUUUUGAUAAACAUGCGAAAUGGAAACUUUUGACUUGUUACUUCAUACUGCAACUUUCUGUUGAGUUAUGAAUCAUUCAUCUGCACAUUUCAUUAUCUUUUUUUCUUUUGUGAAAUAAAAUGCACCUGAAUUGGAAAGAUGCUGUUUGUUGAGAAGCUUGUUUGCUGCCAUGUAUUAAACUGAUUUACAGCACAGGUACAUAAUGUUUAGUAUAGAAUUUAUGUUACUCUUAAAAUGACAUGGGCUGCUUUUCCCAAAAGUAUCGCAAGCUUAAGUUGAUAGUAGAGACCAUUGUAUGGUUUAUACAAUCUACUUAAGCUUACGAU